UUCGGGAUGGGUUUAAGGUCUCUGACAGAAACGAUCUAAAGAGUGAACCCAGUGUUUCAAAUCUGACAGUGAGUGAAGAGCACACCUGUGAUCCGGACAGACCGUACCGGCAGCAAUAUGAGUGAAUCAGCAGAAGCUUUGGCUGCUAACAUAAAAAGCCGAAGAAAUAUCACCAUUGAGCUCACCAACCUCACCAGCAACUUCUACCUCGCCGACCCCAAGGUUUACCUGGAUAGUGGUAGUGUCCACAGCCCGCCCGAGCCCACCGUGCGCUCCAUGAGAAAAGAGUUGUGCAACUUCACAAAGACAAGCACCUCAACCAGCGGGGCAGUGGGCGUCCUGACCUAUGACCUGCUUAGGUACAGGGAAGACAAUGCCAUAGAGAGAAUAGCCAUCAUGUUCUCUGUGCCCUACGACUACAACUUGUACGAGAACUGGCUGGCCUUGGGAAUCUUCAACCCGGACAAGGAGUGCAACGAAGGGCUGUACAAAGAGAUGUACUACAACAAAGAGCAGACGGGCUUUGUGAGGGAGAAGCCUAAUGGCAGCAGCCUCACAUAUGAGGGCAGGAAUGUGGACAUCAAGGCUACCAUGUCCCCGUUGGGCAGGGCUAUCAUGAAGGUGGAGGUGUGGGACAAACUCUUCAGUCCACACGGACAACAUCUGUAAUGCGCGAUUCAGUUUUGACACACCGGUGUGAGGUGGUAGAUGUGAUUUACCCUUUGUGCACCUGUGCUGCUGUACCACCUGUUCAUGCAAUAAAUCCAGGCUGAUAUGAA